AUGAACCAAGAUCUCUUAGUGGCUGACCUCCUAUCUAGAGAGACACGGGAAUGGAAUGUCGCGAAGAUAAAUAGAACCCUACCGGAACUCGCAGAGCGCAUUCUCCAAAUAAGGCCGAGCCGUCUGGGGACACACGACACCUACAUAUGGAACCUCAAAUCGUCGGGGGAGUACACGACGAAAACAGGAUACAUGGCUCUGACACAAAACAUCGCUGAAGUCUCGUCUCCUGCAACAACAAACAGCAUCGACUGGAGAAAGUCAGUUUGGUCAAACAGAACAGCACCAAAAAUAAAGUUGUUCUUAUGGAAGAGCCUACAUGAGGCCCUACCCACGGGCUUCAAUCUCCAAAAAAGAGGAAUGAGAGAGCAUACCGCUUGUUGCAGAUGUGGAGCCAUUGAAACUACAGACCACCUCCUCUUUCAAUGUCGGUUCGCUCGGGAUUUGUGGAGCUUAGGUCCAUGGGAAAUUCCUUUCGAUUCUUCUAGUUGUGAUUUCCUUUCGGUGAAUCUUCUGGCCUCACUACAUUGGAGAAACCUUCCCCCGAUUGGUAUCUCGAUCAACAUCUUUCCCUGGAUCUGUUGGAUCAUCUGGGUUGAAAGGAACCGGCUACUCUUCGAGAGAAGGAUUUCGACGCCGGAGGAAGCGCUAGUCAAAGCCAUCAAAGCAGCACGUGAAUGGGAAGCAGCACAACUCACUCCACAAAAGGCUCUGAAGCUGAAUCUCAGAUCAACGCCGGAGAAAGAGCUACCACCAAACACAAUCACAUGUAAUACCGACGCGGCCUGGAUCGCAUCAUCAACUAAGGCGGGCUUGGGCUGGAUCUUCUUCGACUCGUCUGCUAUGGAGAUCAACAGAGGCUCAUCUAACCAACUUCACGUCUCGUCUGCAUGUAUGGCUGAGGCCUUAGCUGUUAGAGAAGCCCUUCUCCACGCGUCCUCCCUCGGUUUCACCAAAAUCUGGCUUAGAUCAGAUUCACAAGUGCUCAUGAGAGCAAUCAACCAGAAACGGGGACCUACAGAGCUCUUUGGAGUACUGUCGGAUAUCGUUUCUCUAUCUUCAUCCUUUCAAUUCUGUUGCUUCUCGUUUCUUCCUAGAGACCUUAAUGGGUUAGCGGACUCAAUUGCUAAAGCCCAGCUUUGUGCUUGAACUAUCUCUUGGGCUUUAUGCUCUUUUAUAUUAAAGUUAUUAGUUGCUCAAAAAAAAAAAAGAGAUGAACCAUUUGAAAUUGAGACGUGGCUGGAAGUUAUCUUACCAAAAAAAUUUGAACGUGUUGUUGAUUGAGAAAAUUUAGGAAUUUAAAAAUUUUCAGUCUUAGAAAAUUAAAAAUCGAAAAAAACUUGUUUUAGAUAUUGUUUUUUUAAAUAAAAUUACAUGUGUCAAACUUUGAUUGGUAACAUGACUUGUGCUUUAGUAUAGAAGGGAUGAUGGUUUUUUUUUUUUCAUUUUUUUCAUUCCUUUUGUUCUAGAUGAAUAUAGAACAAAUUUGUUUUUUACUAAAAUUGAUAAAGAAUAAUCUUUUUUUUUCAUUUUUGUAAUUUUAUUUCUCUACAUUUAUUCUCUACUCAUUCCUAGUAUAGUCACCAGUUAAACCCUAUGUGUUUAACGAAAAAGCGCGAGGGACUACGUGAGUUUGAAGCUAACAAAACCAAUGAAACAUUUACUUUUUCCAGUGUUCUCAUUUUUUUUUGGCUCAUGACAGUUGGUGUGGAACUUUAUAAAACAGGAUUCAAAACAUGUAAUGAAUUCAACGGAAACCUAGUGACUGCAUCAAACAGAAACUAAUAAAAGUUGGAUAAGUUUAAGCUAUUUGAAGAUUUAUCAAAUAAUGUGAAUACGUUCGGUCUUCAACUAGAAAAUAGUAAAAGUUGGAUAAGCUUAAGCUAUUUGAAGAUGACAAAACUAAAAAAGCGAAAGUUAAAUGAUGAAAAAGUGUUCGACGAAAUCUUGUUUCACUGUUUUUGCCUCUUGGAUGUCAUAUAAUAAACAUUUGGAGAAAGGGAAAGGAAAGAGAUAAGGUAUAAGAUUCCAUUGAGUGAAACUGAAAGGUGGAUGAUACUUGGGCUUGUCAUGCGUUUAUAGUGUCUAUAAGUUGGGUGGUGCGUUAUCGUUUUGCUUCAAAUAUUCAUUCCUCUUUCUCCACUUUUUUACCUUUUAUCACUUUAUUAUUCACAAUAACAAAACAUGAUAUUGUUAGUUAUCUAUUUCUCCAAGAAAAUUAUGUGAAUCUGUAAGUAUAAAUUCAAAACCAAAAUAAUUGAUUUACUAUAAUGGUGAAAAGGGACCUAACAAACUAGAAUGUAAGGAAAAUAAGUUGAAUUGCUAUAGUAGUGAAUUUGACCUAACAAAAUUAAUAAUUAAUGCUUGUUUCAUGUGUGUAGAUAAAUUCAGAUAUUUGAUAUAUCAAUAAAGUGUGUUGCAUUAGUUUAUCAUCUUCAACUUGCAUUACAAAAUAACCAAAAACUAGGAUAAGACCCGCGCCUUGCGCGGGAUUAAGUUAUUAUUUUUAUUAUAUUUUGGAGAAUGAAACAAUAGUUUGGCUUCAUUUAGAUUACGGGUGUUCAAUCCG